AUGAACUCGUACGUCCGACUCUUUUGUGGUGAUCAGACCGCGCUCACCUGGAUCGGAUGGAAACGUCGCCGCGACAAGCAGAUAUUUCUUGGCAGCAUUCUCGCUGCUGCUGCCAUGUACGCCGGGGUGUAUUACUACGAGGAGAAGGAGCGCAACCGUCGGCAUACCUCCAUCGAGAAGGACAUUGAGCGUGAGCGGUGGCGGGCGCAGGAGUUGGGCCUUGGCGAGCCGACUGACGACGGCUUUGCGAAGAGGCACAUCGAGAGAUUGCACAAGAAUGACUGA